GCAGGCGGCGGGGCUGGGCGCCGCGGGUUCCUGCGCCGGCUCCGAGGUGGAGGAGGACGAGGAAGAGGAUGGCCUUCAUGGAGAAGCCGCCGGCCGGCAAGGUGCUGCUGGACGACACGGUUCCGCUGACAGCGGCCAUCGAGGCGAGCCAGAGCCUGCACUCACACACGGAAUAUAUUAUCCGGGUGCAGAGAGGAAUUUCUGCAGAAAACAGCUGGCAGAUCAUCAGGAGAUACAGUGACUUUGAUCUGCUGAACAGCAGCUUGCAGAUCGCAGGCCUGAGUCUACCUCUUCCUCCCAAAAAAUUGAUAGGAAAUAUGGAUCGUGAAUUCAUAGCUGAGAGGCAAAAAGGCCUUCAGAACUAUCUCAAUGUUAUCACCACAAAUCACAUCUUGUCUAAUUGUGAGCUCGUGAAGAAGUUUUUAGACCCAAACAACUAUUCUGCAAAUUACACUGAGAUUGCCUUACAGCAGGUUUCCAUGUUCUUCCGGUCUGAACCGAAGUGGGAAGUGGUGGAGCCCUUGAAGGACAUGGGUUGGAGGAUAAGGAAAAAAUACUUCUUGAUGAAGAUUAAAAACCAACCAAAGGAGCGGCUGGUGCUGAGCUGGGCUGAUCUUGGUCCAGACAAGUACUUGUCAGAUAAAGAUCUUCAGUGUUUAAUCAAACUCCUGCCUUCCUGCUCGCACCCUUACAUCUACCGCGUGACCUUUGCCACAGCCAGUGAAUCCUCGGCUCUGCUGAUUAGGACAUUUAAUGAAAAAGGAACCUUGAAGGACCUGAUCUACAAGGCCAAACCAAAGGACCCAUUCCUCAAGAAGUACUGCAGCCCUAAGAAGAUCCAGGGCCUUGAACUCCAGCACAUAAAGACAUAUGGACGGCAGAUAUUAGAGGUGCUGAAGUUUCUGCAUGACAAAGGGUUCCCCUACGGUCACCUCCAUGCUGCUAAUGUGAUGUUGGAUGGGGACACUUGCCGCCUGUUGGACCUUGAGAACUCCUUACUGGGCCUGCCUUCCUUCCACCGCUCCUACUUCUCCCAAUUCAGGAAAAUCAACACCUUGGAAAGUGUGGAUGUCCACUGCUUUGGUCACUUACUGUAUGAAAUGACGUACGGACGACCGCCGGACUCGGUGCCUGUGGACUCCUUUCCUCCUGCUCCGUCCAUGGCUGUGGUGGCCGUGUUGGAGUCUACGCUGUCUUGUGACGCCUGUAAAACUGGCAUGCCUACCGUCUCCCGGCUCUUACAGAUGCCACUAUUCAGUGAUGUUUCUCUAAUGACUUCUGAAAAGCCACAGUUCAAGAUUCCCACGAAGUUGAAAGAGGCUCUGAAACUUGCCCAGGAAUGUAUAGAGAAGAGACUGACGGAGGAGCAGAAGCAGGUUCACCAGCAUCGAAGGCUGACGAGAGCUCAGUCCCACCAUGGAUCUGAAGAGGAAAGGAAAAAGAGAAAGAUCUUAGCUCGCAAGAAGUCGAAACGCUCCGCAGUGGAGAACAGUGAGGAGCACGCCGCCAAGUACAGCAACUCCAACAACUCAGCAGGAUCCGGGGCCAGCUCACCUCUCACCUCUCCGUCAUCUCCAACUCCACCCUCUACAGCAGGGCUCCCUUCUGCAUUACCUCUGCCUCCUGCACCCGUGCCUCCACCGCCCCCGCCCGCACCGCCCGCACCUCCAGCCCCGGUGGCUCCCUUGCCAGCCUCAGGCACAGAGAUUCCUGCCCCACUCCUGCCCCAGGCUGUGAAUGGUGUGAGCCGAGGGGCCUUGCUCAGCUCCAUCCAGAAUUUCCAAAAGGGAACUUUGAGAAAAACCAAAACCUGUGAUCACAGUGCUCCUAAGAUUGGCUGAUGGAUGCAUCCUGUUUACACUGGAGGGAGUUCUCUUUCCAAUCCACUUCCUACCCCCCAAAAUCCCAUCUUCCUGGAAGAAUCCUUGCAGAGCCCCCCAAUCCCCAACCUCUUCCUGGGCGAGUCCUGGCAGAGCAGGUGAGGGCAGCACAUGCUAUCUUGUCAACACUCCUGCAAGAGGCUUGCCAAGAAGGAAAUGCCCUCCAAGGAGAGCCAGGCUGGGCCAGUUUUGCUGCCUUAAAUCUUCAGCUCCUUUGGGAAUACAGAAAAGGAAUCUUGGUCACCUCCUGAUGGCAUCUUGGGGGCAGCAUAUUACAAACUGUAUUUUCUCAGAACUAAAGGCAAUGGACAGAAAAACACAAGCAGUGUCAAUAUCCUGUCUCUGCAGCAAGUGGCCUUUGUGUCAGUGCCCCCCCACCCCGCCAGACACGUCCAUCUUGUCGCUCACUUCUGAACCGUUUCCUGCUUAUUUCUGACGUGAUUCCAUUUGUGCUGCCCUCAUUCCACCUCAGACGCGAGUAACCGUGAACCGAGGUGUAGUGAGCUGCGGUCAGAGCAGAGCAGGUUUUUACUGUCCCGUUACGUACAACAGGAAGAGUCCCUCAGUCUCCAGUUCCAGCGGAAAUCCCACUGUGGCUCCAGGCUAGGAGAACAACCACUCUGGACCAUAUAAGUUCUUUUUACUCAAAACAAAGUUCACAUCCAAAAAAGCUCUUGCAAGAUACAAGAUCUUUAGUCCUCAGCUGUUAAAUCAAGUUUGGGGUUUAGGGGUCAUUACAGGUAAAUUGGGCAUCUGUAGAAAUCAAUUCUGAUUUUUGAUUUACCCAAGUACAUCUUUUUAAUGUAACUCAGUUAUUAAAAAUCUUUCCCUAUGAUUUGCUUAAACCUUUAAAUAAAUUGCACUUUAAAGGAUUAUAAAUAAUCUAUUUUAAAAUUCAAGUACACACCAGUGUUGGUUACUAUGCAGAAAGAAUGUCAUGUAUACUUUCAUGUAAUCUGUGAUAAAUGUUCAGCUGUAUUUUUAUUAAAAUAAACCAUGUCAAGAAAA